AUGUUGUUUCUCGGUGGCGGAAUCACAGCGGAAGAGAUGAAUGAACUUAAAGAGAGAGCAGGCGAAGACGCUGGGAAGGUUCAAUGGGUGAAAGCCCGCAUGGAAAUGGUCAUGGAGCUUGGCGGAUUGAGCAUCGACAAUGUUGAGACUGUGACCAAGAGGAUGUUAAAAGAAGCUGUAGUACAAGCAUGA